CCCCACAUCAGCCUCACAGCGCCCCUCACCUCCAAAAUUUCAGCACCGCAACCCCAAACAGGCCAAGCUGCUGAACAAAGCUCCCAAACCAACCAACGAGGGAGGAAAGCGACCACUUUUCCCAACCGACGGACAAUAAUUUCGACCUUGACACACAUGGCGUGGGGAAAGGAGUAAAAAUAAAUUAUAAUAGAACAACCCCGAAAAACAAGCGACAAUGGCAUCCAGCCAACACGUCCUCCUCUCGCCCGCCGAGCUUGCCUACCUGCACGCCUCCCUCUCCCUGACCCCGCCUAUCCGCCCCGACGGCCGCUCCCCGACCCAGUUCCGCCCGCUAGUUGCCGAGACGGGCAUCCUACCCGGCACCAACGGCAGCGCCAGGAUAUGCUUCGCCGACGGCACCGAGGCCAUCGUCGGCGUCAAGGCCGAGGUCGAGAGGACCGCCCAGCGACCGGGGGAGGAUACUAUCUUUCUUGAGGAAGGUGGUGUGGAGGGGGGUGAUGAUGCUGAUGGGGAUGGGGAGGCGAGAGAGGGUGUGGAUAAGAGGAAGGGGGAUGCGGCGUGGGUGGAGAUGACGGUUGAGAUCCCCGGGUUGAGGGACGACGAUUCGGGGACGGCCUUCCUAUCGGCCAUGCUGAGUGAGGCGCUGCUUUCGGACGGGGAGUUUGCGAAGCGCCUGUGGAUCAACCGACGCUUUCACUGGAAGCUCUACCUCGAUAUCAUCCUCAUCUCCCCGCCCCUCUCCUACCCCCUCCCGCUCCUCUCCCUCACAUCCCACCUCGCCCUCCUCUCGACCCGCCUCCCGCGCCUCAAAUCCGAAGGUGACGAAGACCCCUUCUUCGACGACGACUGGGCGGCCGCCCCCUACCUCUACCCACGCACCACCCCCACCACCACCUCCUCCACCUCCCCGACAACAACCACCGCCGCAACCCGCCCACCAAUAACCCUCCUCGUGAUGGCCGUCGGCAACAACAUCAUCUUCGACCCCUCCAAGGAAGAGCUCACCGUCGCCGACGUCGCCCUCGCCGUAUCCGUCACGAGCACCGCCUCCUCCACCUCAAAACCCCACACCGACAACGCAGACCUAAAAGAACCAGACACAGAAGCCGGCCGCAACUUACGCCUCCUCUCCAUCCGAACAAUCGACCCACCCUCGCGGCUAACCCCGCCAGGCGUCGCCAACGCGGCGAACGCGGCCUACGGCGCGAAUAACGGCGCUGCGACGGGGGCCACGCAGAAGAUGCUGGAGGCGCAGACCGCCGAGACGGAGGCCGUCGAGGGGGUGUGGAAGGCGCCGCGCGGCGGGGCCAAGAGGAGGGUGCUCGGGGCGCUGGUGCAGAAGGUGCUGGAGCGGGGUGGGGUCGUGGAUGAGGUGUUGGAUGCGUUGGAGGCGGUGGAUUUGGGGUGAUUUUGUGUGUUUGUGGGGGGUUGUGGUGUGUGGGUGGUGUGGGAGGGAGAAGGGGGGGAGGGUGUGAAGGGGGUUGUGGUAUUGUCAUGAUUCUUUUUUGUCUUCCCGUCCGUCCGUCCAUCCAGCCAUCCACCCAUUUGCAGCUGCGCCGCCGGUUAUUGUACAAUCCACCCCUUGUAUGUCUACAUAGUCAAGCCAUCCAGCCCAAUCAAAAGAUACCCAGCCACCCCUUCUUCGCCUUGUCCACCACCGCCUGCCUCUCCCCCUCCGUCAACCGCCUCGCUUCGUGUCCCCCAUCUUUCUUAGCCUCGCUACUCCCAGCAACAGCAGCAGCAGCAGCCCCCACCGGCACCGCCGCCUCCUCCCCACCCCUCCCCACCGCCACGGGGCUCGCAUCAUCCACACCCGCAUCC